CUAAAGCAGCUAGUGCCAGAAAUUGACUUUUGGACUUAAUUGUAUGCGGGGUAUACCUACUGGGGGUAUAUAAGCGAGCAGCAGCUUCAUUUUACAGAGAGAGAGGAGAGAAUACAUGGAUGCAUAAUGGCAACUAAAGGAGUUAUUCUCCUAGCCGCUUUAGUGGCAGGAACUUUAGCAGUUCCAGUAUCAUUAGAUCUGUUAGAUGAAUCCAAAUGUUCGAGUCAUUGUAAAGAGAGUGUGAAGUUCCGGUAUCAACCUGGUACUACAUAUAGCUACAGGUAUGAGGCCGACACUGUCACAAGUGUACAAGGAGCAUCUGAGGAACAUUCCAGCUUACACAUCCGGGCAACUGCAAACAUUGAGGUCAUUGAACCAUGCGAGAUGGUAUUGAAGUUGACUGAUGUGACACUAGAAGAAUCCCAUCCCAAAGAUCUGAGAAGACGUAACCAAGUCAACGGUAUGAGGACAUUCAAGGAGAAACUUGAGCUGAAUCCACUCAGGUUUGCCUUCCAAGAUGGACACAUCGAGGCCACCUGUGCCACAGAAGGUGAAGAUGAAUGGGCGCAGAAUAUCAAACAUGCCGUGCUCUCAGCCUUCCAGAAUGGAAUGGAUGAUCUCGAAACUGAAGCAAUGCUGGACGAAGUCGACAUAGCAGGGAAUUGCCCAACCCACUACACUGUUAAAGAAAGUGAGAGCAGGGGAAUGAAGACGGUGAGCAGGUCCAAGAACAUACUUGAAUGCUUGGACAGAAACCACCAACAAACAUACGUUCAGGGUACUCCAUAUGACGCAAGAUCUCCACUGCAGUCAAUGCCAAUUCUGAAGAGCACUCACGAAUGCGAGCAGAUGAUAGACGCAUACGGCAAGCUUGUCAAGACUGCAUGUGAGGAAAUGCAUAUGUUUAGACCAUUCUCCAAUGAGAAAAGUGGCGCAGUUACUACAAGUACUCAAGUUCUGGAAUUUACCAGAGAAUUCCGAAGCAGAAGAACACCACUUGACAGCAUCAACAUUGUAAAGAGGACAAAUCUGAAAUUCAGCCACACUGAAGCACCCGAGGUUGAGUCUUCGAAUGUGCGAGACGCCGAGAGCAUUCUCAGAGACCUUUGUGACAAAUCAUCAGAUGAAAUCAGACCAGAGGUUCCAUUUUUGUUCUCGAAGUUGGUCUACAAACUGAGGCAAUUGGGGGCCGAUUCCCUGGAGAGUGUACUUAACAGGGCCUCGAGAAACCCUUGUUCCAAGGCAAAGACAUUCAUGCACGAGGCUAUCCCACUUCUUGGAACAACUGCCGCUGUAAAGUUAAUCAAGAAAAAGAUUGCAAGCAAUGAGGUUGAGGAAUAUACUUCCAUCUGGUUAACUAUGAUGUCACUUAUUCCCAAACCAACAUCUGAGAUGUUGGGGGAACUUAAGGAGCUACUAGAUGUGCCUCAGCCAAGCCACAAUGUCAUGUUAGCCGUCUCAACACUGGCAUUCAGCCACUGCAAGCACAACCCGACCUGUGAGGAAGACCCUAAUGUCAGAGCCAUCGUGCAAGUGUUUGAGAAAAUGCUCAACUACAACUGUAAGGUGACUCCAGCCACUGAAGAUAAGGUUAUCAUGGCUUUGAAAUCUAUUGGUAACAUAGGGAUCAGUCUUCGACCAGCUAACCUGAACAGAUGCGUGGCCAACAGGGACCUCCCAAUCGCAGUCAGACUUGCGGCCAUGGAGGCGUUCAGACGGAUGCCUUGUCAUGAAAAUGAGGUGAGAUUCGACAGCUUGAAGGAUAUCUUCCGUGACGCCCAGCUUGAUUCAGAAGUGCGCAUAGGAGCCUACCUAAUGAUGAUGAAAUGCCCCACCCCAAGCAUGAUGCAAGAUAUCAGGUCCAUCUUAGAAGAAGAGACAGUCAACCAAGUGGGUUCAUUUGUGUGGACUCAUCUUACAAACCUCAUGGAAACAUCGGCUCCAUAUAAACAGGACAUACGUUCUAUUGUGGAAGAUGAACUCCUCAAGAAAUGCUUUGAUAUGGACAAGAGGAAGUUUUCAAGAAACAUUGAAUUAUCAUUAUUCAGUGAGAUGCUUAACACAGGAGCCAACUUAGAAUCCAACAUUAUUUGGUCCCAGAAGUCCUUCUUCCCCAGGUCUGCCAUGUUGAAUCUUACUGUUGAUAUGUUCGGUCAAUCAGUCAACCUGUUCGAGGUCGGCGCAAGAGCAGAGGGUAUCCAGCAUUUCUUGGAGCAAAUGUUUGGACCUGAGGGAUAUUUAAGUAAUAAAAUUCCUGAUAUUGGACCACGAAGGAACAAACGUGAUGCCAUCCGACCACAGAAAAUCAACAAAGUAGAAGACAGGUAUGACUUUGUCGCCCCUGAGGCUAAAGCAUCUGCUUACAUGAGGUUGUUUGGCAACGAGAUCCGAUAUGCAUCUCUGGACAGUUCUGCCAAGGGGAAAUUCAACCCACUCGACUUCCUUAUCAAUCUUGCUUCGGACAACACAUACGAGUUCACCAAGAGUAUGAUGUUCCUAGACUCUACACAUUGUAUUCCAACCGUCACUGGUCUUCCAUUGAAAAUGGCAAUUAAUGGCACGGCGACUGUCAACUUGAAAGUGGGAGGCAAGGUCGAUAUCAGGCAACUAUUCACGUUCCCCCCUAAAUUCGACAUUGAUGGCUUCGUCAAACCAAGUGGAGCUGUUGAAGUAUCCAGCACGAUGGGCGUUGAUGCAUUUGUUACAAAGACGGGAUUGAGGGUGGUUUCAACACUCCACUCCAGUACAUAUGCAGAGGGAAAGAUAGAAUUGCAGAAUGGCCAACUAUUGAAUGUAAAAGUCGAUAUGCCUAAAGACAAAAUUGAAGUCCUAGAUGUAAAGACAAGGUUCUACAUACUUAGCUCUGAUGGGGACCGUGAACAGAAGAUGGUGACCAGCGGUCGUGUAGAGAAGGAAGGAUGCACGGGGUCGACCCUUGUAGAUGCUUUGGGUAUUGAGUUCUGCUCCACGAUCAGCUAUGCCAAUGCUUCUAUGGUAGACGAGGCUCCAUACUUCCCCCUUACUGGACCUAAGACCUUCACCCUGGUCUUGAACAAACGAGACACACACACAUCAUACGAGAUGGAAGCAGGCUUCUCAAAACAAAAGGAAGGAAGUGGUAAAUCCGCCAAAGAUACCUAUGUGACAAAGCUGUCAUUUAACACACCAGGGUCCCAGGCUGAUAGGCAUCUCUCUACCGAGCUCAUUUACAAACCAGAGGACAAAGCAUUCAGUCUCAACUUGAAAUCACCUUGGAAAAAAUUAGAUGCAAAUGGUGAAUAUGUGAACAAACCCGACCUAAAAAGAAUUGCAUUGGAAGCUAUGGUAGAUGAGACUAAACGAUACGCUGUUUCAUCUGAGAUGCAAACUACAAUAAAGGGCGCCACAGUCACAUACACGCCAAGCUUUGAACUACAUAUGCCAAACAAGAAAGCAAUAACCGUCAAAGGUGAACUGAUUAAGGUUGCCAAAGUCAAACUUGGCAUGUACGAAUUGAACGGUGUACUUGAUGUGAACUCCCCGUACUUCAAUGGUAAACUCACCAAUAAGAUCAGCAGUGAUUCCAGAAAAGGUCUCAAGUCUAUGGACGUCAAGAUGGACUAUGAUGAUAAGCGUGGAGGCAAACAAUAUGUCAGAUUUGCAGGAAAGCUCAAGACAAUUAACAAUGCCAAAAUCACAAAGUAUACCGCAACAGGAAACAGCGUUAUAUCGCAAUACCCUGAGUACAACGUUGGGUACAUAGUUUCAUCUGAAUAUAACCCAACUAACCUGAAAGGAAGUGCUGAAGUUAAAUACGGAGCAAAAGCAAAGAAAAUGAUAUCUUCAUUUGAGUUUACCAGACACCCAUCGGGCAUACUAACAGGGAUGACGGGGAAAUGCAACGUCAAAUGCGCAUCAAAGGGUAUCGAUAGCUCAUUCUCAUUUGAACACAAGAAAAUGGGUGACAAGAUGGACUCCAAGCUAGAUUUUGCCUUGACUCCAAGAAAGAAAGGAAGCAUUGACAGUUCAAUUGAAUACAAUCUUGAUGACAUGAAAGUCUUUGGAGACGUGAAGCUGACAUAUCCAGGAAGAGAGAUGCGAAUUGUGCAUGACCUGCAAAGGCAAAGGCCAGGCCAGUUCAAGCAUAUCGUCACUGGACAAUGGCAGAAAGGAAAAGAAGCUUCCAUCUCUAGUACCUACCAAAAAUCUGGAGAUCAGCAUGCUGUAGAUUCGACCAUCACUUCAACCUCUUACCCUGGUCGCGAUAUUAAACUUAUGGGCAAGCUGAAACCAAAUUUGAAAGACUUUAGUAUAAACCUAGGAGGAAUAUAUGAUGGAAAGGGGUAUGAAACGGACUUCUCUUACGAGACCAACCUCUGCAAGGGUGGACCAUGUGCCUUCAAAUCUGACGUGUCCCUUAAGUAUCCAGAGAGAUCAUUUAGAGGAAACGUCGAUGUGCUUCAAAGGGGGACCACGCAUAAUGUAAAGGCAGGUGUCUGGUGGGAUAGAAAGAAUGCCAACAUUGACGGAAGCAUCAGAUACAAUUCUCUAGUUGAUCAUGAUGUUUCCCUGACACUCAAGUAUCCAGGGCAGGAAAUUAAGGUAAUUAACCACAAGGAUGUCAAAGACGGACGACAUAUUGCUGACACAAGAAUUAGUUGGGAUGGUGAGAGGAAAAUGUUUGCUGUCACGUCAGAUUUUGGCUACGAACAUAGUAGUUGGUAUCACAGCAGCAAAGCUGAUGGCAAAAUCACAAUCAGGACACCUUACCCCAAUUUUGAAACUAUGACAACAGAGGUUGGCUACGAGAAAACCACUGAUACAAUCAAAACAAACGGUGCAUUUGAGCUUCCGAGACAGAAAUUCGGAUUUGAUGUGGACCUUGAGAGGCGACGUACUUGGAAGAGUGUCCGGGGAGACAUAACAAUCACUAUUCCCAUCCGUCAACUAAAUCCUUUGGAACUCUCUUACGACCAUUCACUCACUCCUAAUUCCCUAAAUGUCGAGGUAGACACAAAGUAUGGUAACAAUUUUGCAAAGUUCAACUUAGAUGGCACCAAAAAUGCACGAGGUUACUAUUCUUAUGGGAACUAUCGUGCAAAGGCUGCUUUGACCACAAGUCAUCGGGGAUUCGAAAAGAACGAACUUUCAUACACAGUUCGAUAUGAAAAAACAAAGUUUUCAGGUGAAAUCUCAGGACUUUGGGGAGUCAAUCAGAAAUCGGUCAUUAACGUGGACCUACUAUAUCCAGGCAGUGGAUUGAUUAAUGUUCAGGGAAGUGUAACUGCAGCGACGCCAUUUUACGACCAAAUAAAAGUUGCCCAUAAGCUAAAUGUACAGGACGCCAGUAUCGAUACGCUUCUAGAUGUCAUUGUUGGCCGUGAGAAAAAAGUCAGCUUUAAACUCAAUGGAGACAUCGAUAAGAGAAGGGAAGUCAGUUUAAAUGGACAAAUGGAUCUGACAACAGUCUUCAAACCUGUUAGAGCAGUAUCUGUAGCCCUACAACAUAAGCAUGAUUAUCGACGUGCUCUGACCUUCGACUCGUCUCUAGUAUUAUCACACCAGCUUGAUGAAUAUAGGAAGAUCAAAAUUGAGACUGAGCUCGCCAAAAACCAAGGUUUUGACGUAGAGGGAAAGAUGCAGUUCACCAGUCCUUUUAAGAAGUUUGAGUUUGUUAAUCUCGAAAUCACGAACAAGAAGAUCAGGGAUACCUACACGACAAAAGGUGAAAUGAAAUUGGGCCCGAACACCAAGGUCAACAUCGAUUCGGAGCUAAAAAUACAAUCCAUUGAAGAUAUGUAUGGUCAAGUGAGAUUUACCAGCACCUUUAAUAGGUUCCAGCGAAUAAUAGCCAGCGCCACACAUAAGAAGGACGGACGUGCAUGGAACUCAGAAAUCAAUGUAGAAUAUGCACCAUCAAAGAAAAUUGAAGUCACUUCAUCAUUAGAAACCAGUCCGAUAAAGGCACGGUUAGAGGUUAAGAGUCCAUUCAAGGAAAUGAAAAAUGUUUUGCUCAGUGUUUUCCUAGAUGGGAAGUUAAGUGACUUUACAUCUAAAGUAACAAUCGACCACAAUAUGCUCAAGAGUCCAAUUUCAACUGAAUUGGAGUCGAGUGUCUCUACUCAGAAUAUCAAAAUUAAAUCAAAGAUUACAAGUCCGUUUGAAGCCAUGAGUUCGGCCCUCCUUAAUUUUGAUUACACGGGACCAUUAAGAAAUUACAAUGUAAAAGCUAUUUUGAAUCAUAAUUUGUUGUCACGUCGCAUUUCAUUCGAGCAUGAACAAGAUACGAGUAAUCUAGAAAAUAUUCGAUCUCAUUUCAAACUAAUCACACCUUAUCCAAAGUUAUCAGGGGAAAGCACAUUUACCUUCGAGGGAGUACCCAAACACUUCGAUUUGACAUACACAUCAACAUUCCCCCAAGCAUUCACCAACAGGGACCUCGUUAUUAACUUGAAAUCAGAUGUUCGAGAUAUCCACAACUUCAUUAUUGAAUGCAACAAUCAAUUCCUCAUCGACACAAAAUAUAAGCUGCUAGAGGACGUUUCUUUCAAAUAUGCCCACAAAAAAGUUUCCCCCAACAACUAUGAAUGCUCUGGCUUCAUCUCAAGUGGUCCAGGUGGCGAAACGAAAAUACAGUUCUUAAAUAAGCUUAACCUUGCUAGCUGGAAAGACUUUGGAGAGCAUUUGGAAAUAGAUAGUAACAUCCUUAAAAAGAUUGAAUUUGAUCUCAUGUUCAAAAAGGCUCAAAGGACUGAAGGAUCAUUUUCAUUUACUUCGCCUCUAAACAUUAAUGACGUAUCAGCAAGGUUUAACCACCAUGGUGACUUGAGACGUUUCUCUACUGAUGCCGAGGUACGAUAUGCUCCAAACAAAGUCAUCAACAUAAAAGCCGACCAUACAAAAACUCCAAAAGGUAUCAAGAGCGAACUUGUUGUGAAAACACCAUUCCAGAGGUUCAAGGAGAACAAGGUUUCCAUAGAGCAUGAUGGCGACCUCAAUGACUUCACUAACAAAGCAUCGAUUGGAUACGACUUAGGGAAGGAAAUCAACUGGGAGAGUGCAGUGAAACAUAGCGGUUCCUGGUGGGGCAAGAAGGAAGCUAUGACUACUAUGAAACUUGAAACUCCAUUUGAAAUAGUACGCAAUGCAGAGCUUAGCAUAGACCACAAGCAUUCCUGGGACAAUGUUGACAACACCAUAGAAUUCUCUCGUAACGACCAAAAAUACCUCCACCUUGAAAGCAAAUAUGACAAGGAAACAGAGAAGAAACACGCUGUGGAUAUUCAACUGCUUAAGCCUUACCAAAUGGAGGGCAAGUUUGAAUUAAAAGACCUGGGUAAAGAAAAAACUGGUCAAGUUUAUGUAAAUCUAAAUAAGAACAAGCGGGACUUAAACAUGAAAGUAGAAUAUACUUAUAAGGACAACAGUAAUCGCUUUAGAACAUCACACCUUGCAGAUAUAAAAGCAUUCACACCAUUCCUUGAUGAACCAAAACACGAACUGCAUGCUGAGUUUGAGAACAGCAGGAAGGGUUUAUCUAACAAGGGCGACUUUGACAUCAUGGCCGUUAAAGGGGGUUAUGAACUAGAUUGGGCCAAACUCAGAUCAGGAGUGAAGACUAGUGGUAAAGUGAUGCUUCCAACAAGGACUGUAGCCCUCGACUUUGAACACACAACUGACAGCAAUAAGAAGACUUCUGACGUUUCCUUCAUGUGGGAUGCUGAGAGCGAUCCAAGCAAGAAGAUGACUUUCAAAUCUGAUUACCAGACAAGGGGAGUACAACACAAUGGCAAAGUUACCAUCACACAUCCCUUCCUUCAAGAGGGAGUUACUGUGACAAGUGAUCUGACAUUGGACAAAGAUAACUGCAACUAUUUGGCCAAUGUGGUGGUUGAGUGCGACAGAGAGAAGGUUGAAGCAUCAGGCAAACUUGCCAAUACGGAGGCUGCGCCCAACAUGAACUACACCUUGCAGUUCGGCCUGAAACACCCAGUUUCUCUGCUUGACAUUGACAUGGUCGGCCAUGUAGCAUCCGUAAAUGACAAACUCUCUACUGGAGCAAGUGUGUCUUAUCUGACGACAAGAAGACAAAAUAAGGUCGUUUAUCUCAGGGGAGAAAUCGACAAAGUAAAGAAGGAGCUCGAUUUACAGCUGCUUUCCCCUGUGAAGACAAUGAAUUUAGUAGGUAGAAUGGCUAACAAGGAUUCAUCUUACCACUUUGAGCUUGAAAAUGUUACUCCAUAUACCACUACUACUCUAGGUGAACUGGACUUUGACACAUCCCCCAAGAUUGAUUUGAAAAUCUUUGACCCAGAGAAUGAUAGAAACAUGUUGCAUAUCUAUGGUAAAUACCUCCCCAAGAAAGCCAUUGAGCUCGAGGCAUAUCGCCUAGUAGAUGGCACCCGCCGCUCUGACUCAUUGAUGAAGACUAAACUGAGCAGCUCACAUCUUCUCAGUUCAAGAUUAACUUGGAAUCCAGAUUUCUUCAGUGAAGUAAAGGAAGCGAUAAAUGCUAGACGACCAGAGAUCAUGGAGUCUCUGCAAGACAUGAAGGAAAGUUUCAGCUCUGAGAUGUCCCAAAGGAAGCGCUUGACUUCCAGAUCACGGGCCUGGAGUAACAUCGUAGAAAAGGCCAACACUGCGAUGAAUGACAUGUAUUCUACUAAUGAGUUCUUUGCCUAUGAUAUAUACCAGAUGUCGCGAACUGCUCUCGACUACAUUAGAACAUACUCAGAAUACACAUCAUCUUUGAUGUCUGAACUGUUCGCAAAGACAGGGGAAGACAUUAGAAACAGGUUCAACAGCUUGGCUGCUAAGAUAAAGUACUUAGUUGAAGACUAUUCACUAUCGCUUGAACAGGGUAAACGUUACUUGAAGGAAACCUGGAAUAGAAAAACCGAUGAGGCAGCAGAAUACAUGAGCGAUAUGAGACAGAAUGCCAUGGAAUCACUUGAGGCCUAUAGGAACAAUCUUAAUGGUUAUUUGGCUUCAAUCACACCAACUUGGUACCCUAUGAACUAUGCAUUUGUGACCUACGCCAAGGAUAAGUUAUCUGAGUUCCUAGACUAUGUGAAGACGCAUCCUCAUACACAGACUGUGAAGGAUUGGGCGGAUGAUAUGAACUUAGAUGAUCAUAUUGACACAUUUGCUGAUAAAUACAAUGAGAUCUUAUAUAGGGUCAGGUCAAAGAUCCAGAGUCAAGUUCAAUCUGCACUGUCUCAUCCACAUGUCAAAUAUGCAAAGGAAUUGGCAAAUUCUGCAUACCAGCAGGGAACAUGGGCGUAUGAGUACUGGCAGAUAGAAGAAACCAUAGUUGAUGCACUGAAGCAACUGUAUAACAACUGGAAACCAUUAGCAAAGAAACAUCUUUACAACAUCGCUGACCAAUAUCUACACUUUGAUGAAUACAAAGUUGUCAGAUUCGACCCACAAAAUGGUGAAAUCAAAGUCCAAGCACAUGUUCCAUUCGAGUUGAAGGAUAUAAAGCUCCCGACAGAAAUGCCAAACAUGCAGAAAUACAUCAACAAGUUGACUAACAGAUGGGAGAACAUAAAGAGGAGGGUCGCCAGUAUGAUGCCUGAUAAGGAUUUCAGUCUCUGGGACACUUAUUACUCGUACAAGCCACUCGCUACCAACCCAUUGGUGAUGCUACCACCGUAUGACACCCAUGCCUUGAUGGCUGGCAGACAACAUUACAUGACAUUUGACAAGAAAUUCUAUGAGUUUGCUGGAGAGUGCAGCUAUCUUCUUGCCCAUGACUUCGAAAACAACAACUUCUCUGUAGUAGUUAAUUACAAGAAGACUCCCAAGGCUCUACUGAAGUCAAUCCUUGUUAUCAGUAAUGAGAAGCAGAUUGAAAUCCAAUCUGACUACAGGGUGAAACUAGACAGUAGAAAGGCCGAGCUCCCCAUUGGGUUUAAGAACACAACUGCCGUACGUCAUGGCAAUAUGAUUGUAAUAAGCAACAGUAGGGGACUUACUGUGAAAUGCGAUCUACCUCAUGAUUUCUGCAUGGUUUACAUGUCAGGAUGGUACCAUGGAAAAACAGCAGGUUUGUUUGGCACAUAUGAUAAUGAAGCAAAGAAUGACUGGCUAUCACCCGACCGCGAGCCCCAGAGCACUGUGAGUGACUUUGCCAACAGCUGGGAUGUAGGGUACCAGUGCAAGUCCUCAGGUGCUAACAUUGCAGUAGAGGCUGACUUUAGAGAGAACAGUGUGCAAUACCAGACAUGUGCUGCUUUAUUCAAAGACACCAACUCGCCAUUCCGUCCAUGUUUCAAACAGGCCGACCCCGCACCAUUUAUGACCAUGUGCCUAAAUGACCUAGAGCUCCUCAACAAACCAGUUUCUGAAGCUGAUACCUGCAAUACGGCAGCUGCAUACUUAACUGACUGCAAAGUACAUGGACUUGAACUAAGUCUGCCCAAGUCGUGUGUUACAUGUAAGAUGCCUAACAAAGAAGUUAUCAAGCAAGAUCAAGAGGUGACCCUAUCGAAGAAGACUCUGCUGAAUGCUGUUGACGUAGUAUUCGUCAUUCAGGAGACCGAGUGCAACAAGAAAAUUGCUACCAACCUCAACAAGCUCGCCGUUUUAACAACUGGAAACCUCGCGAAGAUGGGCUUGCGUGAUGUUCAGUUUGGUCUUGUUGGAUUUGGAGGCGAGGGUGUACACAAUAAACCACAUUCUCACACAUUGGAUGGAGAAUUGUUUGCCCCGAAGACUAAACUUCUCAUUGGAAUCAAGUCAUUUGAUUUCACAAGGCCCGAUACUAAGGUCGAUGGUCUUUCUGCUUUGGCGUUUGCAUCAAAGUAUCCAUUCCGUGCAGGAGCUGCCAGGGAAGUCAUCUUGGUUACAUGUGAUACAUGCACAGAAGGUCCUACCACUUAUAGUGAGAUGCAGCAUCUGAUGUUGGAGAGAGACAUUAGCUUCCAUGUGGUCCUCGACCACGCUCUAGCGAUCAAGACCAAGAAGAAGGCCAAGAGCUUUAUCUAUGGUUUUGAUAAUGACGAAGUAUUUACCAACAAACACUUCAAACUCCUGAUUAAAAAGUUUAAGGGUGAUACCUCACUAAGAUCUCAAAUUCUUGAGCCUAAAGACAUGUGUGCCCCACUUGCUUUGGAGAGCAAUGGUACUGUGUGGGAUAGAAACCAUUUGAUGGGAGGCCGACCCGUCAGCCAGAAGAAGUUAAUGGUUGUCAUGUCCCGUGCUCUUGCCAAAGGAACACAGCCAUCUCCCUGUCAAAUUUGUGAUUGUGUACCUGAUAUCACGGGUGUAGGAAUGUCUGUCUGUCGACAGUGUGAUGUUCCUAAAUAUAAUCCACUUAGCAAGUUAUCAAGAUACAAUAGCAACAUUAUUGAGCCCAAGGAUGACGAAUUUACAAAUGACUUGAAGGAGUUUAUCAAUAAACCACAAAAGCCAAAAAAGAAGCCACUUAAAAAGACUCCUCCCAAGAAGAAAUUCUUUAAGAAGAAGAAGGGCGCGAAGGCAUAAUGAUAUAUGAUAACGACCGCGAUAACUGACAAGGACUAUGAUAUAGGACAUUUUGUAUUAUACACGUUAACCAUGCAUCAUAAAAACAAAAUAAAAAUUUUACAAACUGAUAACAAUUUUAAAAAAAUGUGUAGAUAUAUUCGUUAAUAGGUUUUAUGGAUUGUCAAUCAUAGGAAAGCUAAGACCUUAUGUCACUGAAUUAAAGUCUAUAAAAAUGAUAUGUUUAUUAACACAUUGUACAUGGUAAACAAACAGUAUACUUUUCAAAUGUGUCUAUAUUUUUAUAAUUAUUAAUUUUUUAUAUGUCUUUAUAAUUUUGUUUUCGUAUGUGCAGUAGUUACUUAACCCAUAAUAUUUAGAAUUUAAGUUUUGACAAAAUUGUGUAGUUUACUUGUAUAGUUUCACCCAUGUACACAAUUUAUGUAAUAUUGUGAACGCAAGUUGAAAGUAUUUUAUGCAAUAAACAAUGCAAAAACU